UCCGCCUCCUCCUCCACGGCUAUUUUGGCGACAUCUGAUUGGUCGGAAAUGGCAUCAUCACCUGCGUUUCCACUGGGUGGAACCAUUCUUGGCGCCAGCUUACUCAGCCGGAACUUUUUUUUUUUUUUCUCCUAAUCCUCAGCUUUGUUCCCAUCUGCUUCUGUUCAACAACCUCGAUCCCUCCAUGUCCUCAUUCUAGAUAUAAUUUUGUCUUUGUCCCGUUGAUAUACAUCGCCUUAGCGCUGUCAAUUGCCAAUUUGUUUCGCAGGAUCGACCAAUAACUUGACACGAUGGUCUCCGCAAACAUUGGGACUAAUAACAAGGGCCCUAACAAAACCCCUCAAUACCAGAGAGUCGCUUCGCAACCUGAGAACCCCUUUUCCGCCCUCAUCACCGACCAAUCGAUCGCUGUAAUCCCUUCUUUCACCCUUGAAUCCGGAGUCACCCUACACAAUGUUCCAGUCGCAUAUACAACAAGAGGGACCCUAUCACCCUCGGGAGACAAUGCGUUGGUCGUAUGUCAUGCCCUGAGCGGCAGUGCAGACGUCAGUGACUGGUGGGGCCCAUUGCUCGGUGGCCCUGGCCAGGCUUUUGAUAUAACCAGAUUUUUUGUGGUUUGCCUGAACAGCUUAGGCAGCCCAUACGGCAGCGCGAGUGCUGUUACAUAUAAAAAUGGGGACAGGAACAAAGGCAUAUACGGCCCUGAAUUCCCGUUGACAACGAUCAGAGAUGACGUGAAAAUCCACAGACUUGUCUUGGAUGAUCUAGGAGUUCGGCAAAUCGCAGCAGUGGUAGGAGGCUCUAUGGGUGGGAUGCUUGUUCUGGAAUAUGCAUAUUUUGGCAAGGACUACAUACGGAGUAUCGUGCCAAUCGCCACUUCAAGUCGCCACUCAGCAUGGGGUAUCAGCUGGGGCGAGGCGCAACGCCAAAGUAUAUACAGCGACCCGAAAUAUGAGGACGGCUAUUACUCCUUCGAAGAUCCCCCUGCAAGCGGUCUGGGCGCGGCUCGCAUGUCCGCUCUGCUCACCUAUCGAAGCCGAGAUUCAUUUGAAUCUCGUUUCGGCAGAAAUGUCCCUGACCCCUCGAGAAGACAAAAUAUCAACGGCAUGGCACGCCUCCCCACACCCCCCAAUGAGCAUCUGGCCGUUCAUAACGAUGGCCACAAGAGUACCCGACCCCUGCCACCAACGCUCCCAUCGACGGACAAUACAGACCUAGAAUCCCACGCGAUGUUCACCGACCCCCAGUUCAAUGGCACCACGCUUUUCUCCGCGCCGGACUCUCCUUCCUCCACAACAUCUCUCAAAACUGGCAAUCGCCCAACAACUUACUUCUCCGCCCAGUCAUAUCUGCGAUACCAAGGGCAGAAAUUCGUGAAACGAUUCGACAGCAAUUGCUACAUUGCAAUCACACGGAAGCUUGAUACCCACGACGUCUCCAGACACCGAGUCGACCCUAACUCCAAAACCCCAGUAAAAGAUGCCCUCUCGCAAAUCCAGCAACCGGCACUGGUCAUUGGCAUUGAAAGCGAUGGCCUAUUCACAUUUGCUGAGCAGCAGGAGAUAGCAGAUGGCAUUCCAGAUUCGCGCUUAAAAAACAUUAAUAGCCCCGAAGGACAUGAUGCCUUCCUUCUCCAGUUCGAGCAGGUUAACCGCCAUAUUCUUGAGUUUUUCAGGGAAGUCCUGCCCGACAUCAUGAGUGCGCCUGGUGAAGAUGCCAAUGGUGUUGUAGCCCAAGUGGGCAAGCUGACGAAGAGUAGCACCUUUGGUGAAGCUGAGGUGGAAGAUAUAACCGCUUGGUGAUUUAACAUAUUGCCUUUCAUUUUUCUUUUUUUCUUUUAUCUGUAAAUCUAUUUUCUAGAUUACAUACAUUUCUCGAUGACGUUCUACGAUGUAUCAUUUUAUUUAUGCUUGGGCGUUCAUUUUUGGGCGGUUGUUUUUUAGACGGCAUCCAACUGCUGUGCGUUUAUGGCGUAUUUCCCUGCUUUCGUCUUCUUUUAUUUGUCGUGUUCUCAUGCACAUACCCCCCCUGCAUACAUCACCGGCCUUCACAUGCUCAGCUGUAAUUAAUAUAUUCCCAGGCGAUUCAACAGCCUUCUCUCAUUCUAACUAAUCCCUAACAAUACACUUCCUCGUAUUUUCACCUGACUAUCCCGGAAUGACCUUAUAUUAAAUAUCGGACCUUCUAUGCAGCAAAAUACAGGUGUAGCAGCAGCCCUCAAUCAUGCUACAUAACUAUUACAAGACUCCUCAACAAGUAUGUCUAUAUAGCUCCUUUCUUUUUUUUUUUUUUCUCCACACUCACCUUGGGGUGUAUCUAAGCAACAGCACUGACUUCGAUAGUAAUAUUAUUACAGGAAAUAAACUAGCUGUUAAAAAUCCGAGUUAUUAAAGGCCAAAGAAUGAAGACCUCAUACCACUUGUGCCAAGAAGCACAAAAGGAGAGCAAAUACAAAAUAAGAGAAGCAAUACACUAAAUAAGGGACCGAGACAAGCUUAAGUCGAUACAUGAUGCGCCACCCCCAGGACGCAACCCGUUGGAACGAACCCUCAGGACCAACAGUAGUCUGCGUCACAGUAUAUGUGCCGAGACGCCUUCUGAGCAAUGCAACCCGAAAUGAGCCUGGCCAUCAUAUCCGUGCAGACCUUCGCAUUGAUCCGCCCCGCUUUCCCGUAAUUGAUGAUUUCGAUGCCCAUCGGGACAAAGGGCAACGGGAAGUUUUUCCAUGCGUUUUGGAACCAAUGUUCUUCCCCUUGAUAUUAUCCCGCUUCUUGCCAGCCUCUCGAAUGGCAUAUCUCCCGUUGGCGGCAAACUUGUGCCCCUUGUAUCUGUGGUCAUAGCAAUCCAGAGCGGGCCCCCCACGGGCGCUGAGGCCGAGUUCGGUUGGACUAAGGAUGGAGGGAAUACUUUUAUCAGCAUCAAUGUCUACGCAUGAAAUGACAGACUCGAAGCUUUGGCUAAUGACGGAAGACUAGAAUGAUAGAAGAGGAAGGGGGUCAAACGACGAGUUGAAAAUAAAAUGAUAUGACACAUACUUGGGCAAAGCCAGAGUGCUGGUAAGAAGCCCAGCAAGGGUCAUCAGGGUGAGGGAAAGGAACUGAAGAAAUGAUGAUCAGCUUCAAGCAAUAUCUUUAUUAUUCUAAUAUAAUUGAUCCAUUUGCGUACCUUCAUUGCUAAGUUUCGAUUCUACUACAGGUUCCAAGAUAAUAGAUAUGAAAUGAAUGUCCGAUCACUUGGUGGGAAAGGAGAGAUCAACCACUGCAAGUGUCAAAAGCCGAAGAGGAAAUUUAACGAACAAAAUGAGAAAUGAAUUAGGUUGAAGGAAAGAAGAAGAAGUAGAAGUAGAGCCGGGGGGAUCAUUCAUUUUUAUAUGCUCAGCUUUGCUCAACCCUUUUCUAGUUAUGUGCUUUGCAAUCUAGCUUCACCACCCCCGGCCGCUAAAAUUCUUUUGAAACAAUACUACGCUGUAACUAUCCGCUGUUCUAAGGUGCAUGAUACUAUACAUACCAUUUUUAAGCUUGUCUUCGCA